AUGGCGCCCCCGCGCCAAGUCAACCGCCAGAAACCCCCCACCACCAAGCCCAAACAGCGUCCGCGCGAAGCCCGCCAACCAACAAGCAACCAAACCUCCAUUCACAAACCCGCCAGCGAUGCUAGCGAUGCCACCGAGUCAAGUAGUGGCAUCGACCUCUCCGCCACUAUCCCGUUGUCACUCCAGCAAUUGCUCCUAGACGUCUUCAAAACAGCCCUUCUCUCCCCGUCGCCUCCACGCCCCAAUCCCAAUUCCACAACCAAACCACCAGAAACCAGUUCAACAGACCCAGAUCCUAAAAAAUCUUCCGCUGCGUCAGAAAAUACCUCGGACGAGGCGCCCCUCGACACCAAGUCUCUGAUCCAGACUAUCAAGGCCCACCUAUACCAGCGCGACUUCGACUCUGCCUUCACAGAUGCCGGCGAGGACCUGCUGCGCGCUUAUGCUUUGCGAUGGAGUGCUGCGCGCGCGCUGGGGUAUGCGGGGUUAUUGAAAGCGGUGCUGACGUGGAUGCUUCGUCUGGGGGAGAAUGGAGGUGCUGGUCCUGAUACCCGCGUUGUGUGUAUUGGCGGCGGGGCCGGGGCGGAGAUUGUUGCUCUGGCGGCGGCGUGGAGGGAUUUGGAGGUUGGGAGUAAGUCAUUGGAGCAGGGUGUUGCCGGGGUGUCGUUGGAGGAGAAUGAAGCGGAUACAGAGGCGCGGACAGCGCCGGAGAUAUCCACUGCAGAAGAGGGCGAGGAUGAGGGCGACACUCCGGCAGUUGGUCCCUCGAGGAUACAUCCACGUUUCUCUGUAGCCGCGGUUGAUAUUGCCGACUGGUCUGCUGUCGUUGAUCGACUGGCGCGCACGAUCUCAUCGUCUGAUGUCCCAACGCCGUCGACAUCCAAGUACCAGCCGCCAUUGCUGCCCGCAGCAGCGAAUACGACAACAACCACAGAAGACAGGACCGAUUUCUCAGUAUUAUUUCAUCGCGCAGACAUCCUGAGCCUGCCCGAGCCAGACCUCAAGAACAUCCUAAUCGACACGUCCAGCACACCCAACUCCCCAGCCCUACUUGUAACCCUCAUGUUCACCCUAAACGAGCUCUUCUCCACCUCCAUGCCCAAGGCCACCGGGCUCCUACUCCGUCUAACAGAACUGCUUCCGCCGGGCGCGGUGCUGCUGGUCGUCGAUAGCCCGGGCAGCUAUUCGACCCUGAAGCUGGGCAAGGGCAAAGACGGCGCCGCGCAGGAGAGGAAGUAUCCGAUGAAGUUCCUGCUGGAUCACACGCUGCUCUCUGUGGCGGAGGGGCGGUGGGAGAGGGUGUUUACGCAGGACUCGCGGUGGUGGAGGCGGGAUGCGGCAAGGUUAAGGUAUGAGGUUGGCGAGGGUGCGGGUUUGGAGGAUAUGCGGUUCCAGGUGCAUGUGUAUCGGCGGUUGGAAUGA